AUGAGCUAUUCACUUACCAACCUGAACGAUGCUAUCGCCUCUCUGGAGCCUCAGAUGGGCUACAUCUGCAAGGUCAGCGGCACGACUGGACUGUCUUUAACCGUUAUUUCGGGAGGAAAAGAAGCAUACGCGAAACAUUUCGGCUUCCGGGACCUCGAGGCAAAGGAAGCGCCAGAUGGCGAUACUACGUACUUCAUCGGCUCUGUGACCAAGGGAAUGGUGGCAGUCCUCGUGGGAAUAUUGAUUGAAGAAGGGAAGCUCGGGUGGUCUACUCGCGGCGCCCCAAUAUUGCCCGAGCUCCAAGAUUCAUUCAACGGCCGUGGCUCCGAGAUCAUCAUCGCUGAUCUCUUACCUCAUCGCACUGGAGUAGCGCGGAAUCUCCUACUCCCCAAGUCAGAGAGCCUACGGACCUGGGCUGCUCAACCUGUUGUUAGGGACUUCAGGUCCGCCUUUCUCUACAACUACGCCUACGACGUGGUCGGCCAGAUCAUUGAGAUGGUUGAGCGGAAUAGUCUUGAAGAGGCGUUCAAGGAAAGGAUAUGGGAGCCGCUGGAGAUGCACCGAACGUCUAUGGAGGACCUCGCUGGGAAUACCAACGCUGCAAAGGCUUAUUACGCACUCGAAGAUGCCUCUUCAUAUGAAGUUCCAAUUUCGAUCAUAUCAAACAAGCCAAUCAUGGGAGCGGGCGGGGCUAUUCGAAGCUGCACCAACGAUCUGGCCAAAUACUAUACCAGCUUUAUGCGGCAGUUAAUCAUCAGUUCAACAACAAGACGACCUCAACGCCAGACACGCCAUUCAAGCAGCUCACUACAAUCCUCCGACCUCACAAUCAGCUUGAUCUCACCUCUUUACGCGAGCAGUCUUAUGCACUGGGCUGGGGGCGUGCACAGCUCCCUUGUCCGUUGGGCACUCUCAGUUACAACUAUCUGCUUAUUCCCUCAUUGCCGUUAA